CGUCGCCCCCCCCCCCCUCCGCGCAUGCGCACUGCGUCCCCCCCCUCCUCUCUCUCCCUCUCUCUCUACCGCCUCCAUCUUAGGCGCCUCGCAGCUUCAACAUGCAGCUGUUUGUACGAGGUCAGAAUGUCCACGCGUUGGACAUUUCUGCGCACGAAACCGUCCAUGAGCUGAAGGAGCGCAUUGCUCCUUUGGAGGGGAUCCCUGCCGAGGAGCAGGUCCUCACGGUGGCUGGGGCCCCCCUGGAAGAUGACGCCGUGCUGGAACUGUGCGGCCUGGCCGAGUACGCCACCCUGGAGCUGACGGCUCGCCUCCUGGGAGGUAAAGUGCACGGCUCGCUGGCGCGUGCCGGAAAGGUGAAGGGUCAGACUCCCAAAGUCGCCAAACAGGAGAAAAAGAAGAAGAAAACGGGACGCGCCAAGCGACGAAUCCAGUACAACCGGCGCUUCGUCAACGUGGUGCCCAGCUUCGGCAAGAAGAAGGGCCCCAACUCCAACUCUACAUAAAUGCUUCUAAAAUCUGUUGCAUUGUUUGCUUAAUCACAAUUCUAGAAAUACACCCUGCAAACAAAA